AUUCAGCCCAAUCAUCCAUACAAUUGGCUCCCACUCAGCAGGUACAAAUCGCAUGCAGUCGCUUCCAAGUUUUGCCGAGUAGGUAGUCUUAUUCGCUUCAACGUUGGGGCGCUGCGUUGAGACCUGAGGAACCUCGUUGUUUUGAAAGACGUGCACCCUGCUUGAUCAGGAACUGAAUAUCAAACACGAAGAUGGUCAAGAAGGCGCUCUUGGUUGGUUGCAACUAUCCUGGCACACAGGCACAGCUCAAUGGCUGCGGCAACGACGUCUUCGGCUUUCAGAAUCUUCUCAUUGAGCACUUUGGCUUCCUGGAAGAGAAUAUCAAUAUCCUGGUGGACAUGGACUCCAGAUUUCCAAAACCAACUGGGAGGGCCAUGAAAGAGGCUUUAGCAGCUCUAGUUAGUGGCGCCAAUGAUGGAGAUGUGUGCCUCUUUCACUACAGCGGCCAUGGUACGCAGAUGCCCAACAAGAGAGGGGGAGAAGAGGACAGCCUUGACGAGGCAAUCGUGCCAACAGACAUGAAUGUGUUGGUGGAUGACGACCUGAAGAUGAUCGUCAGCCAGUGUCAUCCGGGGGUCAAGUUUACCAUGAUCGCUGACUGCUGCCACAGUGGGGGGGUGCUAGAUGGAACGGAGGUGGUUAUUUCAGGGGACAAGAGCGGGGUGCCCAACCUGGGGGGUAUCCUGUCUGCCGCCUUCGCGAAGCGUGACUUCAGUCCUGAAGAUUUGGAGGUGAACAACAAGGAGCUGCCCAUCGGCAUGCUCUGCAGCAUCCUGCAGCAGCAGACGGGCCAGACGACCAACCCGAGCAACAUCCACUCGGUUUUGGGCAGCGUGUUCGGGUCCGACGCCAGCGUCAUGGUGGGGCGCAUCACUGGCCUCCUGCAGCAGUACCAGGCUUCCCAGAAGCCUGGACAGGGAAACGCGGGGGCCGGCAAGCUGGUGGGCGUGCUGCUGGGCCUCUUGAAGAUGUGCUCUUCGAAGCCCCAGACGCAAGAAGGCCCGCUGGCAGGGGGCGCGGGGCCGGCCUCCGGGGGCUAUGCAGCAGCGGGGCAGCCUAUGCCUACAAGUACAGGCGUCGCUGCUGCGGCCGACCCCAACCGGCCACCGGACCGGACUGUGUUGAUCACCGGUUGCCAAUCGUUCGAAACGUCUGCAGACGCAUGCCCAAGUGGGGACAAGACCAAGGCCUUCGGCGCCCUCUCUAACGCCAUCCAGAACAUUGUACGGGAGAGCCCCCAGCCACUCACAAAUAGGGCCCUUGUGACGGCCGUUCGAGAGUAUCUUACGAAAGGGGGCUUCACUCAGAACCCCUGUCUCGAGUGCAGUCACGACAUGGCAGAUACCCCGUUCAUCUGCUAGGCUAAGUUUGGUUCGUAGGCGUUGCUUUUAGGUUGACGAUGCAACCUGCAGAAGGUCCUUAUCGUCGAAUGUUGUAGCGCAGUGGCUGCUUGUUAAACAUUCUCUGAUCCGUAAUCAUCCAUGUUGAAAUUAAAGGAGGCUGCAUACGAUGUAGUGAGCAGAAAAUUGCCCCGCUCGAUGUUGCUACGCACUAUUGGAGCGAUAUUUCCGCUUCAAUACUUGAUGCCUCGUCAUACAUGGACUGCUCAAGACAUUGUGGUGGAGCUUCCUGCUGUAGGAUGCACCAUUCAGAGUUGUAAUGUGCAGAAGGAAGUUGUCUGUUCGAGCUACUUGUUAAAGCCGACACAAAUAGUGCAGACUUCAGUUAACCAGUUCAACUUAACAUAAGUACCUUGCUCUGGUGUCAUCCGAGGUUUGAGUCCAUUUUCUAGACGAGGAACGGUUAUGGUUGUGCGCAUAAACACGAUUAUUGAGAAUUGGCCACUGACAGACUGGGCCAGUAUCGCCUUCAACCACCUGGUCCAAUCGCGAUCAGAAUAGUUGUUGUUCAAU